ACACGCCUUAAAAUCCUGGGGUUAGGCUAGUCCACUGGAAAUGUUGACAGAUGACAAGAAAAAGAUUUGAAAAAUAAUUAACUAGUGAAUAUUUCAUUGCAAAAAGGGAAUUAAAUCGUAAUUAAUCAUGGGAUUGCUGACAGUAUUAAAAAAAUUGAAGCAGAAGGAGAAGGAAAUGAGAAUUCUCAUGCUAGGCCUGGACAACGCUGGGAAGACGACGAUUCUCAAGAGAAUAGUUGGCGAGCCAAUAGACACGAUAUCUCCCACCCUGGGGUUCAAUAUAAAAACAUUGGAGCACAGGGGCUACAAGUUGAAUAUCUGGGACGUGGGUGGACAGAAAUCCCUGAGAUCUUACUGGAGAAAUUAUUUCGAGAGUACUGAUGGUCUCAUUUGGGUCGUCGACAGUGCAGACAAGCGUCGACUAGAGGACUGCAAAGCCGAACUGUACAAACUCCUCCAGGAGGAGAGACUCCAGGGUGCGAGUCUCCUCAUUCUCGCUAAUAAACAGGAUUUACCUGGUGCUCUGUCGUCAGCUGAAAUUGCUGACGUCCUCGGGCUCAAUGGCAUCAAGACCCACCACUGGCAGAUCCUCAAGUGCUCAGCUGUCACUGCCGAAAAUCUCGUCGAGGGCAUCGACUGGAUCCUCGAUGACAUCGCUGCCAGAAUUUUUUAUCUCGACUAGACAAUCCAUACGAAAUUUCAAUAAUUGACGAAUUCUCUCUAAUUCUCCAAUUAAUCUCAAGGCUUACGUGUAAUUUAUUUUUUUGGGGAGCAACUCCAAUUAAAUUCAGUGUAGACUUCGUUUUGUAUUAUUUUUGUAAU